AUGUCGCCAGUCACUCCUCCGAAUCCGUUGCCGCCGGACGAGAACGUCAAUCCGGUCCUCCUCGGCAUCUCUGGCGUGCUCAUCUUCUUCGUCGUCUUCACCACGUCGACCCGCCUCUAUGUUCGGUUCAUGCUGCGCCACCUGGGAUGGGACGACUAUCUGAUGGCACUCGUCACCAUUCUGGGCAUCGUUCGAUACGGCGUCCAGUGCGCGCAGGGCGCAUCCGGCAACGGGAGGCAUAGAUGGUACAUUUCGACCGAGCAAUACGUCCACAACAAUAUGCUUGGGUGGUUCGCCCAGAUCCUCCUCUUCUCCAGCAUCUGUCUCUUGAAGUGCUCCAUCAUGCUGCUGCUGCUCCGCAUCAAAGAUUCCAUCAAGCUGAAAUAUUCCCUAUGGACCGUAAUGGCGGGGCUGGUCGUCACAAACUUUGGCGUCAUUGUCAUCCUACUGGCAGAGUGCGAUCCCGUCGAUGCAUACUGGACAGGAGUGGGCACAUGUUGGGAUGCCAAGAUCCGAAUUUACUCCAUCUACUUGACCAUCUCGUAUUCUGUUUUGACCGAUUUGCUAUGCUCGUUUUUGCCCUUGGUAGUCGUCUGGCAAGUCCGCAUCCCGAUGGCGACCAAGUUGUUGGUCGGCGGCCUAAUGAGUCUUGGUCUGAUUGCAACCGGCUUCGGCAUCGCCAGGGCAGCAUCGCUGGGGCUCAAGACUGUCGACUUGAGUUACGUCUAUGCCGUAACCGCAAUAUGGUCAAACCUCGAGCUUUAUCUCGGAAUCAUUGCAGGCAAUCUCGCCAUUGCUCGAUCCCUCUGGUUUUACUUCUUCGGAGAGAAGGAGGUACCUACGUAUGUGUCGGCCUACGCAAAGUCCUCGUCGCAUCGUUCACGCUCUGCAUACAACGGCAGCAGGUUGCAUGGAGACAACACCGACGCGAUGGACACCUACAUCCGUUCCGAACGCAGACCUUCAGUCACGAAGAGCGAUCACAGCGACAUUCCGCUGGAACCCGGUAUUCAAAAGAGGACGGAGAUUUGGGUUUCAGAAGAGGACGCCAGGGGCGAUACUCCCCAGUCAGCGGCAAGAAUAGCCUCAAGACAGCCGCCAUUAUGA